AUGUAUAAUUGUGGGAAGUUAAGGAACAUCAGCUUUCCAUUCUGGGGAGAAGAUCGUCCAAAUGAGUGUGGCCAUCCUUUGUUACAUCUCAAUUGCACAAAUGAUCAAACCUACAUAUCCAUCAAUGACAUCAAAUACAAGGUCUUGGAUGCCAACCAAGAUAACCAGACUUUGAGAAUUGCUAGAGUUGACUACUUGCAAGACCUAUGCCCAUUAAAAUUUCUCAACACCACCCUUGAUCCUGAGUUGUUUGUUUAUGGACCAAACUAUACAAAUAUUACCUUCUUCUAUGGUUGUCAUGAAUCAAAUCCUUUCCUUAAUUUCAGCCCUGGACGUUUUCCUUGUACCAUGAAUAUUGGGAGUAUCAAUGUAUAUGUCUAUACUCAGUUUGAGGCUUUAGGUCCUAGCAUGCUUUGCAAUACAAGCGUGGUUGUUCCAGUUCAAGUUACAUUAUCAUUGCUUGAUAUUGGGAAUGUAACCAAAAUACAAGGGGCACUCACAGAUGGAUUUGAAGUGAGAUGGAUAGCUGGUGUUGUAGAAUGUGAAGACUGUAAGAAAUCAGGUGGGGUAUGCGGUUAUGAUUUGAAUUCAAAUCAAGCAACAUGUUACUGCAAAUCUUCAGACUCAGGGUCCAUAACUUGUCCUUCUCCAGUUCAAGGUAAAAAGUCCAAGGUAGUAGCUGUUGGAAUAGCCUCAGGCAUUGUUGCUGGAAUUCUUCUUGGAUGUUGGGUGUACUUGCAACGAAAAAAAAGAAUUGUUGAACAAUCUAAAAGCAAGGAUCUAUUCAUUCUUCCUUCAAGCAAUGGCACUGUAAACUCAACAACUAAUGUGUCUUCAAGUAUUUCUUCUUAUCCCUCCUCCAAAUCUGACUCUGUGCAGAAGAGUUUAUACUUUGGUGUCCAUGUGUUUAGCUAUGCUGAACUAGAACAAGGUACAAAAAAAUUUGACCCUUCAAGGGAACUUGGUGAUGGAGGAUUUGGCACUGUUUACUAUGGAAAUCUCAAAGAUGGACGUGAGGUUGCAGUGAAACGCCUUUACGAAAGAAAUUUGAAACGUGUUAGUCAAUUCAUGAAUGAAGUUGAGAUUCUAGCUCGGUUAAGGCAUAAGAACCUGGUUGCACUCUAUGGAUGCACCUCUAGACAAAGCCAAGAACUUCUCCUUGUUUAUGAAUACAUACCAAAUGGAACAGUUGCUGACCAUCUUCAUGGAAAAAGAACAAAGUCAAUGUUACUUCCUUGGCAAGUAAGAUUGAACAUUGCAAUAGAAACAGCUGAGGCAUUGUCCUACCUUCAUGCAUCAGAUGUCAUACACCGUGAUGUUAAGACCAACAAUAUUCUCCUGGAUGAUAAAUUUAGUGUAAAGGUUGCUGAUUUUGGUCUCUCAAGGUUGUUCCCAAAUGAUGUAACUCAUGUGUCAACUGCUCCACAAGGAACACCUGGUUAUGUGGACCCUGAGUAUUACCAGAGUUACCAACUCACUGAUAAAAGUGAUGUUUAUAGCUUUGGUGUGGUUUUAGUUGAGCUUGUAUCAUCAUUACCAGCUGUUGACAUCACUAGGCAUCGCCAUGAUGUGAAUUUAGCUAACAUGGCUAUUAGUAAAAUUGUAAGCCAAUCACUGCAAGAGUUGGUUGAUCCAUAUCUUGGAUUUGAAAGAGACUAUGCUAUAAGACAGAUGAUAACAGCAGUGGCAGGGUUGGCAUUUAGGUGUCUGCAGGAGAUAGACAUGAGACCCUCCAUGGAAGAGGUGUUGGAGGUUUUGAGAGGAAUCCAAUAUGAAGGAUAUGAUGCUCAUAAAAUAAAACAAGUUGUGGAUAUUAUUAGAGCAGAUGAAGUUACACUUUUGCAGAAAACUCAUUAUCCCUUUUCACUAGAUUCAGUUUCUGAUAAAUGGGGUUCCUUAUAG